GAAGCCAAGAAACGAAUGAAUCAAAAGAAUGCAGAUACGGAUUUGAAGACAGCGUGAUCGAAUCGUAUGUGUGUAUGCAUAUGCAAAUGUCGAUUCUAAUGAGCAGUGGUGUUCGGGCUAUUAUCGGAAGUCGAAGGAGUUCUUUGCCAUUGAUUUACUCGCGUUUCUCAUCGUCACCGUUAACUUCAUCAUCACCUGCGUCGGGGACUGUAGCUUCCCGUGCCGCCGCUGAUGUGGCCGGAGAAGAUCUGCUGUUGGAGGAGGAACCGCCUUCCGCCGCCACCGUCGCGGCGAAGGCUGCUGUACCAUCUCUACUUCAGCCUCGAGUCGUCGUUUAUGAUGGGGUCUGCCAUCUGUGCCACGAAGGGGUGAAGUGGGUGAUAAAAGCAGACAAGCACAGGAAGAUCAAAUUCUGUUGCCUUCAGUCUAAGGCUGCUGAACCUUACAUGAGACUUUGUGGUGUCGACCGAGAGGAUGUUCUCCGCCGCUUCCUAUUUAUUGAAGGCCUAGGUUCAUACCACCUAGGUUCCACUGGUUAGGACCCUUUCUUCUCUCUCAGAAUAUAUGUAAGUCCAUGUAUAAUUUUAUAAUAUUAUUGUGUAUGGUUUGUCUUAUACGUGUUGUGUGCAUAUAUUUUUUAACAAGGAAAUAAAGUGACAUGUGUUUUGAAUUCCUUUCAAAUUACUUAUAAAAAAAAAAACUUUCAAAUUAGUUUGAGCUGUAAUUGAUGGGAGAACAUUUGCCCUCCUUGUUUCACCUUUGGCAACAUCAUUUGUUUUACUCUUGCUGUAAUCAAAAUACAAUCAGGCUGAAUAAUUUGAUCUUGAAACCGUUUUAAUUGCAAUACUAGGUCUCUUGAAAUCAAGCUACUUGUGGAGGUCAAAUAUAUUAGUGAAAAAUCUAGUUUGGGAAUUAUUUAUAAUUUUGUAUGUGGCGCGGUCUACUCUCAUUAGCAAUAUGCUGAUUACUAAAACCAUAUCAGUAGUUGAUAAUUCUACAAACUAGGAAAUAAUAAGUUGAUAAUUCUACAAUUGAUAUGCUCUGGUACCAAUUGAGAAAAUUUUGGACCCCGAGACUCUCAUACAUUACAGUACGCUAUGCCUAAUUGGAAGGGGGUGAAUAGAUCUUUUGAACACUUGGAUAAUUUUUAUCUAAUAUCAGUUUUAACAAUCAAUUGAAGUUGAAUUAUCAAUCAAUAAGCCUAUAAAAAUAGGUAAAGUGUAAAAAUGUAAAGCAUAAAACAUCCCCACACAUGAACACCAAUUUUAACGUGGAAAACCCAACUGAAAAAAAAAUCAUUGGAUCUAGUCCAGGAAAAUCAAAUCCACUAUGAAAAUAAAAAUAAAAAUUGUUCUAGGUUAACAGUUCCCAAACCCUAGAAUCUGUAGUUACUUUUUGACACAGACUGAUUCAUCAAACUCAGUCUUAGAGUCACUAGGCACACAGUUUACU